GCUUGGUCUAUAUCUAAUUGAUCGUCCGAAGGAGUCAGCGAAGGUAUCUGGGAAAAGUCCCUUGGAGCCCGUUCUAUAGUGGCACAGAUAGCAAGACCUUCGGACCUCGCGUGCCGAGCCCCGACCGUUGAUCUCAUCACCUUUCCAUGCCUCAUCACCCAUCACCAGCAUCACAGUCCGCCUGUAUCGUUUAUUCUGCUUCAAUGAAUCUGUUUAUCUUUUCCUAGUAUCAUUGGCAUCAUCUUCCUUCCUUCUCAUAAUGCAGAAAAGCAGGAAACGCGCCCGUCUCACCCCCGAGGCUGACUCCACAAUACCUGCCUGCAAUCAGUGCCGGUCGCGUAAGAUUCGAUGCGAUCGCAUCCAGCCAGAAUGCUCCACCUGCCGCAAAGCUGGUGUCUUCUGUGACUUUUCCGCUUCGUUCAAAAGGACCAAUCCGGCCAAGCAACUGAUGAAUGACUUCUCGUCGGUUCUUAGCCGGUUGGACCAUAUAGAUCGAUCGCUGAUCCGCCUGUCUCAAGAAGUCGAAUCCUUGACCGCAAAGUCCACCUCUAGGGAAGAGCUAUACCCCUUGCCAACCACCCAAGAUCAAUGUAGACCGAAAAUCAACGAUAGAAAAGGAAGCUCGAGUGUUACUCCAAUAACGCCGGCUCUCUCAACGGAGGAAUGUAGCGAGCAUCUGUAUGGCUAUCCCGCCGCUCUGUGUCUAUUUCGCGCCUCGCAGAAGCUACUCAAGGCGGCCCUUCACGCCAAGCCUUCGUCGCUGGGCGGUCCACUCGCGGAAAGCACAGAGAAUGUUGCCUUACGGCCAUCGCUACUGCGCCAUUGUGAGGUGUUUCCCUUUCGAAAGAGGUGUACCGAUUCGCCUAUCACUGGUGACCAACGACCCAUCUCAGCACCUCCUCAGGAUGUCGUGUAUUCCUUGAUCGAUCGCUACCUGAACCACAUCAAUCUCUUUGUUCCAGUGUUUGAGGCUGAUGAUUUAUAUGCCGCCAUCCGACGAUGUUUCCAACCUGAUGGCCCUCCCCUCAACCCCGCCUGGCUGGUCUGCUUGAACAGCAUCGUCCUGCUGACUUUGCAGUUAGAUGCCCGAGUGGCCCGACGAUCUGGCUUCAAAAUUCAUCCGUGGAAUAAUUAUUCGCAGGUAAUUUCCGACGCAUUGAGCAAUUGUUGUCGUGCUCUAGACGAUCCGCACACCCUGUCGCAUCCAACCGAGGUCAACAUUCAGGCGCGCAUUAUGCUGGCUCUGGUGACACGGGAGUUCUUUAUCACUGCGGUAUUUGAGAGGGCCUGCUACUCAGCUUGUCAACUUUCGCGAUCUAUGGGCCUCCACCGGUCCGUCGGCGUGGAUGAGACUGCGCUGCAAUCCCGCGAGCGACUCUAUUGGAUUUUGUAUGGAAUGGAUAAGAGCCGGGUCUUUCUCAGUGGCAACUCUCCCGAUCUUCAUUUCUUUGACUCCGAGUUCCAACCCCGUCAGUCUACCGCGGAUAGCUCCCCUGAGAUGCAACUUCAUGCCACUGCGGCAUAUAUGAUGACUGUCUGGGAGGAAAUUUAUAUCGGGUUAUACUCAGCGCGGGCGGUACGUUCAGGAGAAGAGUAUCGCAGAGAUCAGGUCCAUCGGUUGCAACGUCUCUGUGACGAAGCUCUACCUUUAAUCCCUUCACUGCGGUCCCACAACCCCGGCCUACGUCUGAUGCAACUGGAGAUCAAAUACUGCUACCAUGUCAGCAAGAGUCUGAUUCACCGUUGCGAUCGGACGGCCGAGCAACGGCAGAUCACCCAUGACCACGCCGUCUCCGCCCUCCAAAUCAUGGUUGAUGUCUUCGAGGAGUCGACGACUCCAAGCAGCUGCCUUGUCCUGGGCCGUAUGUUCCAAAAUUAUCCGCUCGUUGCAUUCCACGAUCUUUGCGUGCGAUACCUUACGGGAGAUGGUACAGUCGACUCCGCGACCCUCAUUCCACGACUGAUGAACGUCCGUCGCCAAUUGAGCUCCAUAGACCACCAGGAGGUAUCCAGCGCAUAUUUGACGAAGCUCCACCAUGGGGUCACUUGGUGUACCGAAUUGAUUAGCAUGGUUUCAGACGCGGGUCAGACCUGGGAGCCAGCCCCAUUGAUGUUGACCCCGGCGACCACCACUGAUCUGGGUGACCCUCGGCCAUCUGCGUCGGUCGGGUAUAUCUCUACAACCGAAUGGCUUGACAACGAGAAUACUUUGACCCCGGAGCAACCAUAUCCCCUAGGAUCGUUUUCAUCGCCCGAUUACUUCUUUGACCCUACACUUUUUGAAUCUUUGCUCAUGGAAGGGCAUUUCGCCACGUAGAUUAGAACUUUGAUGAUCAUAUCCAUGAAUUAUAUACCCUAUUUAUCAGCCCACCAGUUCUAUCCAUGAAAGCUAG